AUGCCAUCACACUAUCCUCACGCCACCACCUACUUCUCUGCCCAUGCCAUCACUAUCCUGCCCACGCCACCACCUACGCUACACUGCCCAUGCCAUCACUAUCCUGCCCACGCCACCACUAGGCUACUCUGCUCAUACCAUCACACUAUUCUGCCCACGCCACCUGCUAUCAUGCUAUCACACUAUUCUGCCCACCACCACUUCUCUGCCAUGCCAUCACCACGCCACCACCUACGCUACUCUGCCCAUGCCAUCACACUAUCCUGCCCACGCCACCACCUACGCUACUCUGCCUGUAUGCCAUCACACUAUCCUGCCCACGCCACCACCUACCGCUACUCCUGCAUGCUAUCACACGCCACCUACGCUUCUCUGCCCAUGCCAUCACACUAUCCUGCCCACGCCACCUACUGUCUCUGCUCAUGCUAUCACACUAUUCUGCCCACGCCACCACCUACCUUCUCUGCCCAUGCCAUCACUAUCCUGAACCACCACCUACGCUACUCUGCCCAUGCCAUCACUAUCCUGCCCACGCCACCAACUACGCUACUCUGCUCAUGCUAUCACGCUAUCCUGCCCACGCCACCACCUACGUUACUCUGCCCAUGCCAUCACACUAUCCAGCCCACGCCACCACAUUACCCUGUCCACGCCAGCUAA